AGGAGGACGGGGCAGCCUGCAGGGGCAGCCGCUCCUGCCCGCUCUGUAGCUCGGUGGCCAGGGGUGGAAAGAAGCCGCAAGCCGCAGCCGCAGCCCCAAGUCAGCCCCCGCUGCCCCGUCCCACCAUCUCAUCUCUCCCCCCUCGGCACUUUUACUGUGACCCAGCAAACUCUUAAAUGCAGCUUUCUACGCAAGGAAGACCUGUGUGAUAAUUAAGAGACUCCUUUCUUUGGUAUGCGGUUAAGGGAACUUAUGAACAGAAACUCAGGCCUUCCUACCUCCACAUUGGUUCUCGUUGAAGUAUCAGCUUGUGAGUUUCUACUCUGAAUUUCACCAUUGUUCAACUCUGCCUAUUUACACAUGGAGAACAAUACGAAAGUGAUGUACAACUACAGACCUAGAGGAAUGAUUGCUAACAUUUAUGGGCCUUUUGCCACUAACAUGAAGCUGUGACAGUCUCCUUUCACUUCAGCCAACCAUCAAAAUCUAUGAGCUCCCCGAGCCCCUGAGAAGAGGACUUUGAUGAAGACAUCCCAUUUAGGACUGAUGUCCCAAGGUGAUCCGUGUCUUUGGAAUGUGUAAAACACUGACAUUCUCCAUUAAGAAGAAACAGUGAUGUAUAGAAGAUAAUGGUUUUUGUGGCAUCUCUUCAGCUCAACUCAGCAUUCUCUAGUGAUAUUGAAUAGCUGUUUUCUGCUUGGACACAGCGCUGUCCUUUCAGAUCCUAAACCAAUCCACUGCCUGUCCCUUGGUCUUGGGUACUAGCACUGAAUUUCUAUUCAGUUCUACAUAAUUGCAAGAGACACAAUGGAGAAGUGUACAGAAUCUCUACCAAACUUAAAUGCAGAGACUUCCUUUUUGAGAGGAGGCAAUCUGAUUCUGCAGCCACAAGUUCAACAUCCAACUGAUGAUAAGCCUCCUAUAACAGGGCAAGUUGUACCUGCCCUGAAUACCCCAGUGAUGUCUGGUCCUUACUCAGGUGACCAUAUUCCUCAGUUUCAUGGUAACCCAGCCAGUGUCAAAGGUUUUUUUGCUCAGGUGACCACCUAUUUGAGGGCUCUGGAUAUUUCUAAUCCUGCAGAUAAUGCCCGAGUCAAGCACUUUUUUGACUACCUGUCACAGCAGAUGCAAAAUUGUGAUGUCCUAUCUGAGUCUACCCAGAAUAAUCUAUUGAAACAAUAUGAGAACUUUGUUCUUGAGUUACAGCAGUCACUUGGUGAACCAAUGACACAAGAAACGACACCUCCAAUGAAUGUUACAGUUGACAAAAGCAACAUUUCUCCACAGGAUGCUACCAAUUUCCAACUUCAUGCUCCAAAUUUAAGUUAUAGUGAGACCAAUCAGAGAGACCACUUCCAAAAUGGACAAGCUGACCCCACUCAGAAUGAAGAAAUCACAGAUAUAAUGGACAACCUACCAGAUUUGAUCACUCAGUGCAUUCAGCUAGACAAAAAACACAAAGACAGGCCAGAGCUCCUACAGUCAGAAAGUCAUGUUCCAAUGUUUGCUUCUACAAAUCAUUACCAGUCCUUCAUUGGCCCCAUGCGUCCACUACCAAAGGAUGGGCCUAGACAGUUGCAGGGAGCCCACCUGCCUGUCACUCCUGCCAAAAGAGCCCGCCAGCAAGAAACUCAGUUAUGUGUCUACUGUAACCAGGCUGGUCACUUCACAAGAGAUUGCCUUGCUAAACGUUCUAGAACUCCAGCAAGGAAAAAAAUGUAGCUAGUUUACUAGUAAGAGGAGGAUAGGAAAUCACUUUGUAAACUCAUACCCUCUCACCUUGGGCCUUAGUGAUUUAUAAACUUUCACAAACUUCAAAAUACAAAUGAGUUGCUGUGGCAUCACAUUAAAAAACAGACAAAAACAUUUACAUCCCCAGGAAUUUGAACAACCAGAACUUGUUGUUUGAAAGAUAGCCCCUCCUCAAACUUGUCCUAACAACAAUGAUGAAGAUAAUUAACAGAAACUUAAUAGUUGGGACCAAUCAGCUUCAAGAGUUCUAAAGGUUCGCAAACAAUAUUCUCUACAGUCUGAGCCAAAACAUAAAUAAAUAAAUAAAAAAUAAAAAAAAAUUUAAAAAAAAUUAAAAAAAAAAACCCUCACAAUGUACUGAGAUCCACAUCCCCACCAAAGGAUGAAAUCGUGGUUGAUUCUAUUGGACCAAAUCCCAUAGCUUAUGUGCCUAGGACUGAGCCCAAAGCUUUUAUCAUCUUCUUUAUUGAUCUGUUUCUUAGUGACUUGUUUGUUCAGGUCUUUUGUUUGCACUCAUAGUGGCAUCACCAUAUCCAACAAUACCUUUGUCAUCAAGAGACCAGAAUCUGGAUUCUGUUCUACCUGUUAAUCAGACUCUAGUGCCAACACAUGACAAUCAUCCUGGAACUAAAUCUCUGCCACCCAUUUAUACAGCUAUAUAUUUUGUUGCCAGCUGAAGACUCCUGCUUCCCCAACAUACUGAACUUCCCGGCUAUUGGCAAACCAAAUUAUAUAGUCAUUUGAACUGAAUAAUGAUUCAUUAUUGGCAACUUUCUUUGAGGAAUAGCCUCUCUGGCAGUUAACAUACUCUGAGCCUGCCAAUCCAAGCUUAGUCAUAUAUACACUAAUGUUCCUCUUUUAGGUUUGAACAUAUAUAUGGCUAACUCUAAUGGUUUAGGAUAAUGACCAAGUGAGACAUUUAAAGACAUUUGUUUAAGGUAUACUAUCAUAGUUACUGUAACAGCAGUAUGUUCUUGCUGCCUGAACAGAGAACAAUCUCGACUAAGGACUGACUUUUCAGCCUGCAGUAGUUCGUGACUUCCUAGGCCUCACUAUUUAAAAUCACUGCCAAUUGCUACCAAGCUAUGCUCCUAUGGACCACCUUUGGCUAUUAUCUAAUUGAGGACCUUGGAAAGCAAUGGGACUACAUAGAACUUUUGGAAACAACUCAUCUGAAAAAUCCUGUGCACAUACAUUAACACCAUCUGUGCACAAAACUAAAGAACUGGGGUGUUCUUUUGCUUGUCUUUUACUCUUGGCACACAUCAGCUCUAUGUAUAAAUAGAUGAUGUAGGUGAUGAUGCUUCUACAAAAAAAAUGGAAUGAUGUGCUAGAAAGGCACAACUUCUUAGACAUGUUAACAUCUAUUGUUGCUCAGUAUUUGUUGGUAAUUACCAGUUCUUUGUUCAUUGCUUCUUGGUGCUGGUGUAUUUCCCCAUAAUGAAUUCCUGAAAUCAGUCAUUUCAUAUUCCUUAAUAGCCACUCAGAACAUGAAGUGCCAUUGGACUGUGGUCUUAUUCCUUGAGAAUUAUGCUUAGUUUUCAAUACGUAAUCCCAGAUAGAGCCUUACUGCUCUCAUCUUGUAGCACCAAGAAAUAUUUCUUCAUCCAUCAGUGCCUCACUAACCACUGUGCCAAUCCCUACUUACAUUCACAAGCAGUUUGUUCCUUUGUCAGUAAUUUGCUAUAUAUUCACAGUGCUUCAUAAACGACCAUAAUAAGGAGAUAUGAAUGCACAUACUCCAAUUGUGCUAAGAAUUCCCCUCUCCAUUACUGGGAUUGUAUGAGAAACUUUAUCAAGUAGAGUUAUUUAAAUGUUGAGUGAGUCUAGGAUUUUCAGAAAGAAUCCUCAUCUAUCUCUUCUAAUUCUAUAAUAAAGGACGAAUCCAA